AUGAUGCGAAAGCUUGCAACCACAGGAAUUGCUGCUGCUGAAAUAGGUGGCAUGACAAUUCAUUCAUUUUUGGGUGAACAACGUAAUUCUGGAAAGCCACGAACUAUCAAACCAGGUGAUUUAAAACUCGAAAAAGAGUGGAGAUUCGUCGAAUAUUUAUUAAUCGAUGAAAUGAGUAUGGUUGGUUUAAAUUUACUAGCAAAACUUAAUCGAAUUAUUUGCUCUGUAAAACAUGUUGAUCCUCAAGUUCCAUUUGGUGGUGUGAAUGUUAUCUUCUUUGGCGAUUACUUGCAAUAUUGA